UAUCUGUGAUCCAAAUGAGAACUAACCUUACUAACCUAAUUUUUCUCCUUGAAAGAUAGUAAACUUUUGAUUUUGUUUAGUGUUUUUUCUAUUUUUACGAAAUGGAGUCCAAAAUGAACAAGAAAUACGAAGAAAAUGGUAAGCUAAAAAGCUGGAGUGAAAUCAAUAAAGAACGCAAACGUAAAAGAAAAGAAUACAAAGAAAAAGCCCUCGAAAAUAAAAGAAUGAAAGAGAUGGAAAAAGAGAAGGAUGUAAAACAAAAUGAAAAAAUUAAGAGUGAUACUGAAGAAAUUAAAGAAAUAUCUACACUAUCUAUAGCUUUGCCAGGUUCUAUUUUAGAAAAUGCACAAACUGAAGAAUUAAGAACAUAUCUAGCUGGACAGAUUGCACGUUCGGCUUGUUUGUACCAAGUAGAUGAAAUUAUAGUAUUUGACGAUUAUGGGGAUGAAGAAAAAAUUAAAACGUCAUCUAUUGAUGAUGACUUUGGAUUGAAAACAGUAAGACAGAGUUGUGGACAACUAGCUCGUAUACUUCAAUAUUUAGAGUGUCCACAAUAUCUUCGAAAACAUUUUUUUCCUAUUCAUAGAGAUCUUAAAUAUUCUGGGUUGAUGAAUCCUCUCAAUGCACCUCACCAUCUUUCUUCAAAGGAUCAGUUUGAGUAUAGAGAAGGUGUUGUUACAAGUAAACCAAUCAAGGAAGGAAAAGGCUCCAUAGUUUAUAUUGGCUUACGUCAAGAUGCUCAUGUGGAUAAAUUAUUGGUGGAAGGUAGCCGUUGUACAGUGAAAUUGGAUACCAAAACAAUAGAUACUAAAAAAUUAAAAGGUGUUGUUGUGAAUCCUGAGGCUCCUAGAAAAACAACUGGCGUUUAUUGGGGUUACAAGGUGAGAUUAGCAAAAACCCUGUCCCAGAUAUUCUCUCAAUGCCCAUACAAAGAUGGCUACGAUUUAUCAAUUGGAACAUCCGAUAAAGGAUCCUCAAUAGAUUCAUUCGAAUGUCCGUCUUAUAAACAUCUUCUGGUAGUUUUUGGAGGAGUUCAAGGUUUGGAAUUUGCACUGGAAAAUGAUCAAACCCUUAAGGAAACCGAGCCAGAAUUACUUUUUGACAGUUAUUUGAAUGCACUUCCUAGUCAAGGCUCAAAAACCAUUAGAACAGAAGAGGCUAUUCUCAUCACUUUAGCUGGUCUACGAUCAAAACUGAACCCCAAAUUUCCACCUACUGUUUUCAAAGGAAGUGACGAUGCCAAUUCCAGUGCCUCUGCCAAUGAGACUAUUGAAAAAGUCAACGAGUCCACUGAAAAAGCCGAUGAGAUGAGUAGAUUUGAUUGAAGGUAUUUCAAUACUAAAUUUUAUCUUCACUUUUAGAUAUUGUUAUCGACUGUAUCUUAAAAACUUGUAUAUUUUUGUAAAUGCUGCUUUAAGUAUAAUUUGUUAAUAAACAAAACCAAAAUUCCAAA